CUACCUCCGGCGGAAGUCAAGGUGCGUGAAUCAGAACGAGGCAUUACGUCGUAGAGGGGUCUGGCUAUUGAUUGACAUCGGUCCCCACCCUAUGACGGCCAUAUUGCGAACCGGUGCUUUACAAAACUAGGCUAUUCAGCAUUGACAGUUCCAGGGGAUUUCAACACCAAUCUGGUUUCUAGGGGGAUCUCUAACACAUUUUGGUUUUAGACGGCGGCUGAGGGUAUACAAUCAAAAUGCCGAAGCCGGUCAAUGUCCGUGUUGUCACUAUGGACGCGGAACUGGAGUUCGCGAUCCAACCCAACACAACUGGCAAACAGUUAUUUGACCAGGUGGUCAAAACAAUUGGUCUGAGAGAGAUAUGGUUCUUUGGACUUAUGUACAUAGAUAAUAAGAAUUGUAUUACUUGGUUAAAAUUGAAUAAGAAGGUGCUAACUCAGGAUGUUAAGAAAGAACAACCUCUACAGUUUAAAUUCAGGGCAAAAUUCUUCCCAGAAGAUGUAUCAGAAGAACUUAUUCAGGAGAUCACACAGAGAAUGUUUUACCUUCAAGUGAAAGAGGGCAUCUUGAAUGAUGAUAUUUACUGCCCACCAGAAACAGCAGUCCUCCUAGCUUCCUAUAGCUGUCAAGCAAAGUAUCAUGACUACAGCACUGAUGUUCACAAACCAGGGUUCCUUUCCAAUGACAGAUUACUGCCCCAGAGAGUAUACGAUCAACACAAGCUGAGCCGAGAGCAGUGGGAAGAAAGAAUCACAACCUGGUACUGUGAACACAAAUCAAUGACUCCAGAAGAUGCCAUGAUGGAGUACCUCAAAAUAGCACAGGACUUGGAGAUGUACGGUGUGAAUUACUUCGAGAUCAGAAACAAGAAGGGGACAGAACUCUCUCUAGGAGUAGAUGCACUUGGAUUGAAUGUAUAUGAGAAGGAUGAUAAACUAACACCUAAGAUCGGAUUCCCAUGGAGUGAAAUCCGGAACAUUUCUUUCAAUGACAAGAAGUUUGUUAUUAAACCAAUAGACAAGAAAGCACCAGACUUUAUCUUUUAUGCUCCUCGCCUUAGAAUAUGCAAGAGAAUUUUAGCUCUGUGUAUGGGUAAUCAUGAGUUGUACAUGAGGAGGAGGAAGCCAGACACAAUUGAAGUGCAACAGAUGAAAGCUCAGGCCAGAGAUGAGAAACUUGCCAGGCAGAGGGAAAGGGAUGAGCUGCUGCGAGAGAAACAACAGAGAGAGAUCGAGGAGCGUGAGAAGAAACAGCUUCAGGAGAGACUUCGCCUACUUGAGGAAGAGCGGGAACAGAUGAAGCGGGAUGAUCGAGAGAAACAGAAGGUGUUUGAGGAAAUGCAGUUAAAGAUGACUGCUCAGGAGGUAGCCAUUGCCGAGGAGCGUCGUCUCCAGGAGGAACUAGAGCGCACCCGCCUUGAGAAGGAAGAGGCCGAGAGGCAGAUGCAGGCAUCUGAGAGUCUCAAGGAAGAAGAGAGGUUAAAACUGGAAGAAGAACUGUUGGCAGCUAAGGAAGCUCUGGAGAGCCGACAGAACGAGCUGCAGGAGCAGGUGGUGUUUGUCAACAACCUGAAGGAGGACCUGGACAAGACAAAGGCGGAAGCCGAGGCCAAGGAAAGGGAUCUGGCCGAACAGCUGCGCAUAAGAGAGGAAGAGCGGGAACGGCAGCUGGCCGAGUUGGAAGAGCAGGAGAGGAUGCGUCGUGAGAUGGAAGAGAGGCUCUCUGCAGCUGUCCACGUGCACGAACAUGAGGAUGAUAAUGAGGAACAUGGAUCCUCCGAACUUCAAGUGGAAGAAAACUACAUGAACUUGGCUCGACCUGAAGAACAUCGUCAAGUGAUAGCUGAUACUAACGAGUCUCUCAGUGCUAAGUUAAAGUCUUUGAGUUCUGAGUUGGACAAUGCUCGUCAUGAGGAGAAGAUUACAAAGAUGGACCAACUCCAUAUUGACAACAAGAAAGCUGGCCGUGACAAAUACAAAACUCUAAAACAGAUCCGUCAGGGCAACACAAAACGGCGAGUGGAUGAGUUCGAGAGCAUGUGAACAAGUACUAUCAUCUCUUUGACCAUGAGAACCUCCUCCCCUCACCAAGAAGGCAAUCCACUCGACCACUGUGAAUGGGGUUCUCAUGCUGAAUAUGUUUUAUUAUGGGAACUACCAAGAACUGACCUACCAGUUUAUAUAGCCACAUUUCUAUCUACUGUUCUAUGGACCUACUAUCUCUCACGAUCACUCUAGACUGAGGUCUUCUCACUCAGGAUAUAUCGUAAGGAGGCUAAUUCCGUGCGUUAAUUGCCGAGAAGCAAUUUUUGCCUCAUGAAUAUAUGAAUGGAGAACAAUGGGACGGCAACUUCAUGCAGGUGUCAUUCAGCCUGGCAUGGUCGGAGGUUUACUCAAUAUUCCAGAUGGAUUUUACUAAUCAUUAAUUCCCUAAGGUCACCAGAGGUGGCAUUUUACAGUAGACUUAGGAUUUUCCAAGAUAAUGUUUGAACUUGAGUUUGAAUAAAUGAAAUCAAAAUUACACAAGACAGUUUGGGUACAAUGGUUAUGUUUGGGUUGUCAAACUUGUCAGUAUAUAUGUAAAAUGAUAACUUGUUUUAGCUGACUAGGUUUAUCCAAUAAUGCCUUUUUGUAUCUGAUUUAUAUUUUGUAACCAGACUGUACAGAUAAACAAUUGCUUAUUACCCCCAAGUAAAUUGUUUGUGCUUUAGUUCUGAGUGCUAGCAGUGUGCAGGCAAGGUGUAUGUGUCGUGCAACAACACACUACUUAUGUCUCAUCAGGGUUCAGUCAUAGAGGCCCCACUCUUCGCUCUGGUUUUCACGUGGUAAAAGUUCAAAUUGCAACAAAAUGCCAGAGGACCGGUUCUUCGGAAUCUGGUAAGGCCAUAAAGACUUCCGGCGCUUCAAGUCAACAGUUGCUAUUUUACAAAUUUCCUUGUAGUUAACACACACUUGAAUGGGAAACAUGUAAUGGGGGAACUGUCUUUUCUGCAGCUAUUCCUUCUGUCAUGAAUACUAAGGCAGAACUAUAUAUAUAUUGCCAACAAGGUUUGGAAGAGGUGACAUGUAUGGUACCGAUGUUAGCGGAUUUUUUUUUUUGACAACAUACAGAUAUGCAUGGAGUUCAUUUCUUACAUAAAUGUAGUAUGUCUCUGUGCAGGUAUUUCUGUGAUAGUUUUUGUUUAAAUUGGAGCGACCAAUAUAUCAUGGCCAGUCAAUUUAAGACGAUUUUGUCAAGGCUUGGGAAUUUCUUAACAAGAGCAGCCAGCCCUUUCAGCUUUUGAACAAAAUUCAUUCCUUGGCUAUCUUGGAGCACCGUUUAUUAAGACUCACCUUACUGAUUUUGAAUGCUUGUGAUGCUAUAUGAAUGGGAACAUAACAGAAAUCACUAUUUUUGUAGCAAACGUUUAAAUAUAUUUUAUCAUUGAUGGCUAUCCAGUUGAAUUUAGAUGGAAAUUGUUUUGAGGAUUGUGUUUCAAACCACAUUUGUGUGAUCUCAUUGAAAGGAGCACCAUCUGGUGUUUGUGUUGUGGCUGUAAUGAGAAGAUAACUCCGACACUGGACCAUCAAAAGGAAAUCAUAUUCAGCAAAAAUGUUAUAUAUAUACAAUGAAGUCUUUUGGAUUUUUUGUUUUCUCUGUAAUGUAACAUAGCACUUGUAUACAGAUUAUACUAUAGGCUUAUUUGUUUUUUCUAACUUAUUUUACUCUGAUAUUUCUGACAUGAGAUUUUUAGAAUAAUUUUCAAAUAGUGUUUGAUGAAAAUGGAUGGAACCAAUCUUGAAGAAUGUAUCAAAGAAAAAUUUGAUAAUAAAUUGAACAUUAAUUCCAAUAAAAUAUAAUUAUUUAUCUUCUGUUUUCUGUCUAUUGUGUAAGCUUUUCCUCAGCAUUAUGUGUACAGAGACAGUAGAGGCUUCCAGGAUGACUUUGGUGUAAAUUCAAGAAAAAACAUAUUACCAUUAUAUUCUUUACUUAAUGUCUAAUUAUGCCAAAAUUGAUAGCUGAAAUUAUUAUUAUUUUUUUUCAUUGAUGUUUUUUUACUUCUGUUUGACAUUCUUUAGAAGCGCCACUUAAUGCCCAUGCUAUACAGAAUAUGAGAAUGGGUCAGGCUGUACUAUGUCCACUUGGAAGGUAAUGGCUGGUCAGUUUGACUGAGAGCAUUCUUCAUAACCAUAUAGUCAUAAGAUGUCUCAUCGAGUACGCUAUGUUAUCACGAUUGGCAAUAAAUAUUUCAAAACAGAUA